AGGGGAAAAAGUGGGCCUGUUUCUCGGGUGGCCAAUCCACCGAGCCCGCGGUGCCACAGAGGAGGCGCCAGCGCUAGGCCAGCGCCAGGCCAGGCUGCCUGCUUCCCGCGGCAAAGUACAAAUGAGCCCGAGCGCGGCGCCUGGCGCCCUUGGCGAGCACAGCCGGCCCGCGCUCAGCGUCCCUCCGCGGCAGCCGCGCCGCCGCCGCCGCCGGGACCGCAGACCCCGAGCCCACCGAGCAGGGGGCGCCGGCCGCCUCUAGCCCGCGCGCCCGGAACACCCGCUGGUCCCGCGCGCCUCGCCCGGCACUGUGCGCUAGGCAGACGCCGGUCCUCUCCCUGCUUUCUCCUCCUCUCCCUCUCACCUUCCCCCUUACUUUGAUCGCCUCUCCCUUCUACCCGACCUUCCUCCGUCCCUCCAUCUCCAUCUCUCUUCCUCCUUUCCCUUGUUCUCGUUCCCCCUUUCUCUUUUUCCCACCUUAGAUCUCUCUUUUCGUCCUUCUUUCCUGCUCACCGCUGCUUCUCGACCCUUCUCCGACCCUGCUCUAGGAGCAACCCUCCUGGGGUCUGUGGGUUGAUCUGUGCCCCGUGCCUCAGUGUCCGUUUCGUCUCACUUUCUCCUGACUCCGCUCCCGGCCCAGCGCCCAGCGGCCUGACCCUGGGGAAAGGAAGGAUGGUUCCCGAGGUGAGGGUCCUCUCCUUCUUGCUGGGACUCGCGCUGCUCUGGUUCCCCCUGGACUCCCACGCUCGAGCCCGCCCAGACAUGUUCUGCCUUUUCCAUGGGAAGAGAUACUCCCCUGGCGAGAGCUGGCACCCCUACUUGGAGCCACAAGGCCUGAUGUACUGCCUGCGCUGUACCUGCUCAGAGAGCGCCCAUGUGAGUUGUUACCGCCUCCACUGCCCGCCUGUCCACUGCCCCCAGCCCGUGACGGAGCCACAGCAGUGCUGUCCCAGGUGUGUGGAACCUCACACUCCCUCUGGGCUCCGGGCCCCUCCAAAGUCCUGCCAGCACAAUGGGACCAUGUACCAACACGGAGAGAUCUUCAGUGCCCAUGAGCUGUUUCCCUCCCGCCUGCCCAACCAGUGUGUCCUCUGCAGCUGCACCGAGGGCCAGAUCUACUGUGGCCUCAUGACCUGCCCUGAACCAGGCUGCCCCGCACCCCUCCCACUGCCAGACUCCUGCUGCCAGGCCUGCAAAGAUGAAGCAAGUGAGCAAUCGGCUGAAGAAGACAGUGUACAGUCGUUCCACGGGAUGAGACAUCCUCAGGAUCCGUGUUUGAGCAAUGGUGGCAGAAGGAGAGGUCCAGGAACCCCAGCCCCCACUGGCCUCAGUGCCCCUCUGAGCUUCAUCCCUCGCCACUUUCGACCCAAGGGGGCAGGCAGCACAACUGUCAAGAUUGUCCUGAAGGAGAAACAUAAGAAAGCCUGCGUGCAUGGCGGGAAGACAUACUCCCACGGGGAGGUGUGGCACCCAGCCUUUCGUGCCUUCGGCCCCCUGCCCUGCAUCCUAUGCACCUGUCAGGAUGGCCACCAGGACUGCCAGCGUGUGACCUGCCCCACUGAGUACCCCUGCCGUCACCCCAAGAAGGUGGCUGGGAAAUGCUGCAAGAUUUGCCCAGAGGACAAGGCAGACCGUGACCACAGUGAGAUAAGUUCUACCAGGUGUCCCAAGGCGCCAGGCCGGGUCCUUGUCCACACAUCAGUAUCCCCAAGCCCAGACAACCUGCGUCGCUUUGCCCUGGAACAUGAGGCCUCAGACCUGGUGGAGAUCUACCUCUGGAAGCUGGUAAAAGAUGAGGAAACUGAGGCUCAGAGAGGUGAAGUACCUGGCCCAAGGCCACACAGCCAGAAUCUUCCACUUGACUCAGAUCAAGAAAGUCAGGAAGCAAGACUUCCAGAAAGAGGCACAGCAUUUCCGGCUGCUCGCUGGCCCCCACGAAGGUCACUGGAACGUCUUCCUAGCCCAGACCCCGGAGCUGAAGGUCACAGCCAGUCCAGACAAAGUGACCAAGACAUUAUAACAAAGCCCUAAACAGUUGCAGAUAGGAGCUUUAUCAUUGUUGUUAUUAUAUAUAUUAAUAAAUAAGAAGUUGCAUUACCCU